CUAACUGUCCUCAAAGAAAAUCGGUUGAAGAUCUCUCGCUUGCCCGCGCGUGUGUAUACAUGCGACCUCAGUUGCUCCUCGAGUUUCCGAAUAAAAAGUAAACUACAAUUCCUGGAACUGGAAGCGGGAGUCACUUGUUCAUGACUUACUCACUAGUUGUGAGUCACUACCGGCUAAACAUUAAUGUUGUCAUACAUUUGCUUUUAUUAACCUAUGUUUGUCAAAUUGUCGGGAAAUGUGGUGUCAGUUUUAAUAUGUAGACGUAAGGGAAGGGGAGUAACCGGAAAUCUUUUAUGCUCACGUGUUUGUUACGCAGAUGGGCACGCCUUUCAAACCGGGUUGCAUUUCCAAGCCCAAACGCGUCCAGAUAACAUGGGCCCGCACGUUUAAUCGCUUUACAUAUGAUACAAAUAUUAUUCAUUGAUAAUUACACGCUUAUAUCAUGGAUACAGCGGGGCUGGAAGACAGCUGUUUGGGAUACGAGGUUAUUCUCACAGAUGACGACGCAUCAACGCCGUGUUGUCCACAUGGACCAACUUUGUUAUUUGAGAAAGUUGCGAAACGGGCCGAGGGCGGAAGGAGGUUUUACGCGUGCUCGGCUUGCAGAGAUCGCAAAGACUGCAACUUUUUCCAGUGGGAAGACGAGAAAGUGUCAGAGGCCCGAAAGUUGGCUAGGGAGUUGGAGAACAAAAGGAGGCGGCCCCCGUUCAGCCAGCAGCAGUACAGUGCAAGGUUCCAACAGUUUAUCGCCCUCUCACCUGACGAAAAGAAGUUUUGUCAGGAUUGCCAGGUCCUCCUCCUUGCCGAGGAGACGGGUGCACACGCCGCCCACGUAUGCAUCCCUGUGGCCGUUGCCCAGCUACGGCGCCCCAGCAGGCUGCUGUGUCCCUUGGACAACAAGAAGAGCAAUGCGCAGUAUCUGUUCACCGAGCGUACCACCCGCUUCCUGCUGGGCACUCUGGUUGCCCUGCGCUUCAACAAGGUGCUGUGCGUGGGCACGCCCAGACUGCAUGAGCUGAUUAAAUUGGAAUAUCCGGGCGGAGAGACAAGGCCAAUGAAAAGCCUCCUGCUAGACAUCGACUUCAGAUACGCCCAGUUCUACGGCCAAGAUGAGUUCUGCCACUACAACAUGUUCAAUCAUCACUUCUUUGAUAGUGAGGCCUCGAUUGCAGUACUCCAGGCAUUUCUCAGAGAGUCGAAUGGGGAAAAGGUGGUGAUGGUGGCCGACCCUCCGUUUGGGGGUCUGGUGAAACCGUUGGCCAACAGCUUCUCUCGUAUCGCCCAGGCAUGGUUGAAACAGCGAAUCUUGGGCAGCAGUAACGUCAACAUGCCCAUGAUAUGGAUCUUUCCGUAUUUCUUUGAAGCUCGCAUCCUCGACUGCUUCCCUUGUCUAACUAUGCUGGACUACCAGGUGGACUAUGACAACCAUUCCCUGUACAAGCACGGGAAGACAGGAAGGAAGCAGUCCCCAGUCCGAUUGUUCACGAAUAUUACUGCCGCGGAAAUUGUCCUUCCCGAGGAGGAGGGUUACAGAUUUUGCGCCAUCUGUGAGAGAUACGUGUGCUCCCUGAACAAGCACUGUACCAAAUGCAACGUCUGCCCAUCCAAGGAUGGUCGCCAUUGGAAACACUGCUCUGUUUGUGAGCGAUGUGUGAAACCAUCAUGGCGGCACUGUCAAUCAUGCGGCCGCUGUGCCCUUCCGGACCACCCGUGUGACCAACGCCAAGGCGAGGAAGGUUGCUACAACUGCGCAAGCCCGGGGCACAAACGCAAAGCUUGUCCUCGAAAACACAUCAGCAGUCGUCGGUCCACGUCCAAGAGAGGACGCGUCGUCCAGACCAAGAGGAGAAAAGAAAGAAGGAAAGAUAAAAAAAAAUUGUAAGGAAUAAUUGUAGACUCAAUUGUAGCCAGUUGAAAGGGACACUUGAUUGGGCUGAACAUGGCCAACUGUAUGUAAACAUGAGGUUAGCCCUAAAAUUCCCCCCCUUGAAAAACUCUUCAGUUAUUUACGUUUAUUAUUUUGUGACAACUUUGAGACACUACGUCAUGCCCCCAAAAUGGGAGGAAACUGCUUGAUUGACACAUCAGGCAGACGAUGUCAUUGCGUUAUACAGCAGAGGCGAGCGUUGUAAUAUUGUUUCCUGGCUUGCCUUGUCAUUUUCUGUUGUCACGUAGCGUCUGAAAAUGGUGCGAGAUCGCUACCGAAAUUCAUCUGCGCAUUCGCAAUGACGUUGGACUGCAGCAGAUUGCUCAGAGCUUCAGUCAGAAUGAGGAGGGGCCCAAAAUACUGAUACGCAAUCGUGACCUAUCGUAAUUUCACUUGACAUUCCUUCCCCACGCAUUUGAAUAUAUCCUCGCAGAUUGUUUUGAAAACACUUAAGACGGUGGAUUGCGAGUGAACUGGUUGAACUUGUGGGAAAACAAAAUAAACUGCGUCAGGAAUUGGCGGUCAAAUUGACAUAAGCGAAGCGCCGAUUUUUUUCUGCGUUAUGUAAGCUAAGUUCCGUCAAAUACACGUCCCUCAACAUUUGCCGGUGGUUUAUUUAUUUAUUUGCACAGAGACGAAUAAAGUUUUUCGCACAAUAUUACGAUUUGAUUGCUUUUAUCCAAGUUAUAAAUGAUUUCCCCCUCUCACCCGUAGCUAUGAUUCAGGUCCUUUGAAGCAUUUUAAAAUCACUUUCACUUUCUUUGCUUUUAUUUUGAUUCUUGUUUCUAAAUGCUUGUACAUGUGACUACAAAUUUUCCUGUUCAUUUUGGUCGGAUACUUUUGUUUCAUUGCCUUUGAAUGUCGCACAGUUUUUUUUUGGUGAAUGCUUUUGAAUGUACUUUUGAUUGUGUGAAGACCAUUGAUGUGUCUCAUGUAUGAAAUGUGCGAUAUAA